ACAUUACAUAUGAUAAAAACGCUACGUAAUGUUUCUUGAGUGGAUUACUAUUAUCGAAUGUAGCCUAGUUAGAUUUUCACCUUCUGUUUUUAUUUAAAGUCGUAAUGUUUGUGCUUUAAAUACAUGUAAAAAUGAUUACUACUAUCCAAACAAACAAACAAUAACAGAAAACAACAAAUACAGCCGAAGAACAAAUCAUUUUUGAAGUUAAGAAAUCACGAGAGUUUUUUUUGAAAGUUGAUUUAUAUUUGACAUCCUGAAAUAUGAAAGUAAAACUGGAUUGUUUAAGUUUAAUUCUUAUGCUAUUGGUUCCAUUAGUAACACCGAUUCGUUGGUUUAUGCAUCCAAAUACCCAAAAAUGUUUACGAGAAGAACUCAGACAAAAUGUGUUAGUUAAAGGUGACUAUGAAAUUGUAUCAGUUGAGAACCAGGUUAUGGACUACAUUGUCAGGGAUUCUAAGGGUCACAUUUUAGCAAAUAAACAAGACAUUACAAAAGGAAAGUUUACAUUUAGUACCGAAAAUUAUGAUAUGUUUGAAAUUUGCUUUACUUCACGUGUACCUAGUUAUCAGAGGGGAGUAAUGCAAGAGGUUUCAUUAAAUAUUAAAACUGGUAUUGAAGCCAAAACAUAUGAAGGAUUAGGCGAAGUUGCCAAAUUGAAGCCUUUGGAAUUAGACUUGAAGAUGUUAGAAGAUUUAUCAUCAUCCAUAGUCCAAGAUUUUUCAGACAUGAAGCAUCGUGCUGAAGAAAUGCGUAAUACUAAUGAGUCAACUAGCAGAAGAGUUCAUUGGUUUAGUAUGUUUAGUAUUUGUUGCUUAUUUGGAUUAAGUGUAUGGCAGAUAUUAUAUUUAAGAAGAUAUUUUAAGGCUAAGAAACUCAUUGAUUAAUUUAAAUUUAUUUAUAUUGAACUAUGUUUUGCUGAUAAAAAUAUAUACUUGAAUGGCAAGAUAA